UUCCGUUCCGCAGCGAGACUGAGGAGUGAGAAUGGCUGCUGGAGGAGAUAUAGGUAAGCUUUUACAAGUACAAAAUGGGAUUCCUGCAAACGCAAACUACAAUGGGAUGGACCCACUUCAUGCUUGUAACAUUCUCCAGCAGCUUAAAUCUAUGUAUGAAAAGGAGCAGCUGACAGAUAUUGUGGUGGAAGUAGAUCAUGGAAAAACGUUCUCUUGUCACAGAAAUGUUCUUGCUGCAAUUAGUCCUUAUUUCAGGUCUAUGUUCACUAGUGGCCUUACUGAAAGCACCCAGAAAGAAGUCAGGAUUGUUGGAGUUGAGGCAGAAUCGAUGCAUCUAGUUCUAGACUAUGCAUAUACCUCCAAGGUCACACUAUCAGAGACAAAUGUCCAGGCUCUGUUUACUGCAGCUAGCAUCUUCCAAAUACCACCCCUCCAGGAUCAGUGUGCCCAGUUCAUGGUUAGUCGUUUGGAUCCCCAGAAUUGCAUUGGGGUAUUUAUGUUUGCGGAUGCUUAUGGUCAUCAGGAACUCAAAGACAAGUCACAAGAUUACAUCCGAAAAAAGUUCCUAUGUGUUGUCAAAGAACAAGAGUUCCUUCACUUGACUAAAGAGCAGCUAGUCAGCAUACUUAACAGUGAUGACCUUAAUGUUGAAAAGGAGGAAUAUGUAUAUGAUAGCAUUAUCCACUGGCUUGAGAAUGACAGAGAGAAAAAGGAGAUGCACCUUUCAGAGGUAUUUGCCAAAUGUAUUCGCCUACCUCUAUUGGAAGAGGCAUUUCUAAAGAAAAUUCCUCCCAACUUUGCACAGGCUUUGGCAAUGGACUGGAUGGAUAAAGGGAAGUCUAGUGGUACCAACGGCUGUACACAAAGACUGGGGAUGACUGCUUCUGAAAUGGUAGUGUGUUUUGACGCAGCACAUAAACACUCAGGAAAGAAACAAACAGUGCCUUGUCUAGAUACCGUCACAGGGAAAGUGUUCAAGCUAUGCAAACCACCGAAUGACUUGAGAGAAGUUGGGAUUUUGGUAUCCUCUGAAAACGACAUUUAUAUUGCAGGGGGUUACAGGCCAAGCAAUAGCGAGGUCUCUAUAGACCACAGAGCAGAGAGUGACUUCUGGAUGUAUGAACACUCGGGUAAUCGGUGGUUGCCCAAGAGUCCCCUGCUGCGAGCGCGAAUUGGGUGCAAACUGAUUCAUUGCUGUGCUAAGCUUUAUGCUCUCGGGGGACGUGUUUAUGAAGGAGAUGGUCGCAAUGCACUCAAAUCUGUGGAGUGCUAUGAUACGCGAGACAACUGUUGGACAGCUGUUAGCCCAAUGCCGGUUGCAAUGGAGUUUCACAGUGCUGUUGAAUACAAGGAUCAUAUCUAUGUUUUACAAGGGGAAUACUUCUUUUGUUAUGACCCACAUAAAGACUACUGGGGUCACCUGCCACCCAUGACUGUGCCUCGAACCCAGGGACUUGCUGCUCUGUACAAGAAUUCCAUCUACUACAUAGCAGGAAUCUGUAGAAAUCAUCAACGCACUUUCACAGUGGAAACGUAUGACAUAGAGCAGAACGCCUGGACUCGAAAGAAAGACCUGCCAUUUGACCAGGCUGCUAGCCCUUAUAUUAAACUGAUCAUUCUUCAUGACCAAUUGCAUUUAUUUGUGAGGGCUACCCAGGUCACUGUGGAGGAGCACGUUUUUCGAACCAGUCGAAAGAACUCCCUCUAUCAGUACGAUGAAGACUCGGAUCAGUGGAGAAAAGUGUAUGAAACUCCCGACAGGCUUUGGGAUCUUGGCCGCCAUUUUGAAUGCAUUGUUGCCAAACUCUAUCCACAGUGUCUUCAAAAAGUUAUUUGAAAAAGAGGUAUCAGUCAGGAUGUCUGGUGCUACAAUUUGCUUGUCUCUGGUACUAUGAGCAUUUGCAGUAUGGAGGGAUGAUUGUCUUAAACAUUAAGGUGUGUAAUAUAUAUAUAUAUAUAUAUAUAUAUAUAUAUAUAUAUAUAUAUAUAUAUAUAUAAAGAUGGGUGAUUUUUAAAGCUUGCAGUAUAAGUCAAUCACUACUAAUUUCACUACUUUGCUGAUACAUUUGUACAAGGAUUCAUAAGUGCAAUUAUUGUCUGCCUUCUGCAUAUUGUGAGCCAUUUUAUUAAGUAGCAUUUUAGAUGGUUUGGUAGGUUAGGAUUUUAAAAUUACAUGAAACAAAAUCUAGAAUUCUAGUAACCCUAAAAGCCUGAUCUGUGUGUUUAAAUUUUUCUUACGGGUAUGCACAGCAUUUUUGUUGACAGGUAGUUCUUUGAUAUUUUCUGAAGAUCAGAACUUGGUUUAAAAUAUUCUAACUGGUGGGCUUGCUCUUCAUAAGAUUAUUUGUUGUACUGUUGUAGAGAUUUACCAUUUUAAUGGGGAGCAUGUAAUUUGUAAGGAAGGGUAGUUAGUAUAAAUAUCAUUUUGAUUUCAUUACUUGUUUGUGGUGGGGGAUUGGAUUAAAACAUUACAUGUAUAAUGUAGAACUGCUGCAAUGUUGGCUCAAUUUCAGUUAUUUAUGUUUAGCCUGUAAAUGUAUCGCUACUGUUUGAAUUUAAAGUGACAUUGGGCAGUUUUUCUAGGUGUUUCUUAAAUGCUUUACUUCUGUUCUACCACAAUACACCUGUGUCAUUUAAAAAAUAUAAAUAGCUUAUGCUAAGCACUGUCGUAAAAAUAAAUCUAUUAAUAUAAAAAAAAGACAUGCUGUGGCUGGAUUUGCCUGGGGUUUUUAAUUUUAUUCGUUGUAUUGCUGAAAGGAGGGACCAAGCCUGAUAUUCCAUCUUUCACAUGUAAGUACAACUCCAGAGCAGUUUCAGCUCGACUCAACAGCGUGAAUAACUUUUGAAAAAAACACUCUUGAAAACCUUUGAACAACAGUAGAUAAUUCAAAGGUGCCCUAUGUCAUUUUAAAUUUCUGAAGAAACAAAUGAGAUGGAGUAGCAACAGUGCUGAAUCAUAAAAUUGAUAAUAGUAUAAACUAUUGCAGCUUUUUUUUCAAGUGUGUUUCAUACAACUUAACAGUAUUAUAAUUUUUGCAUUAUUUAUAGUAGGUUUGCUUAGAUUGUAUUCUGAACAACAUGUGCAUUAUUUCGAUUGUAGAUUUUGUGGAGUUUAACAUUUGUGGUUCAUUUUAUGCAAACAUGUCACAAGGUCAUCAACGUGCCUACUGAUCCAUAAACCAAGAUUGAGAAGUACUGUAUACUUACAGGUUCUUUUGUUCAACCUGUAGCCCUCUGAGAUACCGCUGGAUAUUUUAGAGCAUUUACACUACCAGAGAAUGCCCCUGCUGCAUUAAACACAUCCCGAGAUCACUAAAUGUUCUAAAAAUAAAUAAGUAAAUAUCAAGCUCCAGUUUAUCAAGGCAUUGUAUAGCCUAGGUUGUUCAGAUCAACCCCUUAGCCUUCAAUAUGCACCUUCAGCAUCUUAAUUGUUUCUGAAAACAAAGUCCUAGUCAUUGUUAAGCAUCGUAGCUGCAAACUUUGAAGCACCACUCUUAUAUAUUGUUUAAUGUACAUGUUCUAGAGUAUGUUCAAGGUAUUUGCGUUUGUUUAAAAUGUGUUACAUUUUGGUGCUGCUUUUUUGACAAUCUUUUGUAUUUAUAGAGUAGAGACAAAGUGUAUGUUUAAUGUGUGUAGCUAGUUAAUUCUCAUGUAGAUUGUAGAGUUAGCCAAUAAGUCAUCUAGUAAAUUAUAAUAUGAAAGUAUCUGCUGUGGUUACCUUUACAACCAUUUUGCACAAUAUCAGUGGAAUUUUAUAUUUGCACUACGCAUUCAUUAUUUUACGAAGUAAAAUUAAGCUUUCCCCCAAAAAAGAAUGAUACAACAAUCUAGAAAUACUAUGAAGUCCGUUAUUGGUCUGUGGUGUACAUAAGAAUACAAUAGCAUUACCGCGACAGCUGUAGCAUGCAGGUCUAACUUCUUACGAAAAGAUGAAAUCCUACAACAAGGAUUUUUUUUAUGUGUAUGUGAAACAAACCUCUAAAGCAGCUAACAAUAUUACAUGUAAAUACUAAGAUAUGAAAAUAAAAUAGAGCUGAACUGCUUUCAGUUGUGGAUUCUGCCGUAGUUAACAUGGCCAGCACUGUUUUAGCUGGGAGCUUUGUAGUCUGUUAAGCAGUGACUUGAAAAGUGUGAUUCUCAGGAUUAUAGCAAUACACAGUACUGUAUUUGUAUAAAUGUGUCUGAUAUACUGGAAAAUGUUUGCUGUGCUUGCACAUGUUUUGGGGUAUCUACCAGUUUUACUUCAGCUUGAAGCAUAGAUGUGCUUUACUUGGUGUAAAUCGUUAAAAUAAGUGCGGCUUUGUUCUGUUGCAACAGACUAAAUAUGAUUGGCCAUAAGGACAAAAAUAUAUAGUAAAAAAAAAAAAAGUUAAUUUAAUAUUUUCAAUAUUGAUUUAAUACAGAAUAAUGAAUAAAAUAAGUUUCUGUCAAUUUGAUUGUGGUUUUCUGUAACAUUUAAAUGUCAAACUCUGAAUAUGAUCACUAAGUUGAAUUUAUUUUAAUACCAUGUGUUUGCAUCCAUUAUUAGGUGUAGUGGCAGGGGUUUAUGUGGUAAAAUGUUUUUUUUUUUUGUGAUUGCAAAUGCUGCUAAUGGCAUCGCAAAGAAAAUUACUGUUCUGUGUGAGAAGUGUUCUAAACAAUAAUAGUUAUAAAUAGAUUUUGCUUUGAAUUUGCAUGCCUCUUCAGAAUGAAUAAAUGAAUACAAUUACAGACAGACACUGAUUUUCUCAAACAUUUGUGGGAAUCACCUUUUUAAUUUCCAUUAUGUGUGGAAAAGGCUAGUCAUUUCUAUAAAAUUUAAAGGUUAACAGAAAUUCAGUCGGAAAGGGGACACGUGUAUUUUCUUUCCCUCCUGUCCUCUGUUGUUGUCAGGCCCUCAAUAAAAUAAAUUUUCCGAAA